GUGGGGAAUCUUAACCUGUACGCUCGAAAAGUCAACAAAAAGCAUCAGAUGGCUAUAAGAGUUGAUUGAAUGACUCAGAGUGAGAGGACUCAGGUUCCAGUGGCCCUCGGCUGCGAUUCAAGAAUAGAUUUGCCAAGUACUCGAAAAGACUGUAAAUGCAGAAAAUCGCGAUGUCUUGACAGACGACAGACGACAAGCCCAACAAUGCCAAUGAUAACAAUGAUAGUUUAACGUUACUAUAAAACAGUAUUAUUUGUUUCUAUGUAGAUUAGGAGGGUAGCAUUUUGCAAUUUUAGCUUUGCUACUGAUUCAAUUUUGCGCCAGUAUGAAGAAUCGAACGUUCCUUUUCCUUUUUUUAAGCUUUCUUGGCAGUAUUGAUUUUUCAGCUUCUCUCCAUAAAAAUCUUAAAUAUUAUGAAACCAUUCAUGCUUCAAGUUUUGAGCACAGAAUUGUCAAACGAGGUGCUCAACACAGUUAUCAUCCAUAUAACAAAAUCAGCGAACUUGACUUUUACACUCAUGGAAAGCAUUUUAGACUAAUUUUGACGCCAAGAAAAGAAGUUAUACAUUCCAAAUUUAAAGCUUAUGAAGUUGACGGAGAUGGACAAGAGAAAUCAGUUCAUUUAGAUCAUGACAACUUUUAUCAUGGAAGAGUUUUUGGUGAAACAGAUUCACAUGUUCAAGUGCAUUAUGAUGAUGGUCUUUUAACAGGUAGUAUUACUGUACCUGAUGAGACAUUCCACAUUGAACCCUCAUGGAGACAUCUUCCUGAAUUAGAUAACAAAACAAUGAUCGUAUAUAAGGCAUCUGAUGUUAAAUUAAGUUGGGAACAUUAUCAAGAUGGACAAGGGCAUACGCAUGGUGCUCCAAAAACCUGUGGAUAUGCAAAAGAAGGAGAAGAUUUGUACAAUGAUGACGAAAAUGACGACGAUGACGUUUUAGAAAAUAGUGGAAAGAAUCGAACAAAGAGACAAACAGAGACCUAUGAAUAUACACCCACUAAAACGAGAUGUCCAUUGCUUUUAGUGGCUGACUAUAGAUUUUAUCAAGAGAUGGGUGCUAGUAGCACCAAAACAACAAUUAACUAUUUGAUAAGCUUAAUUGACAGGGUGCACAAGAUUUAUAAUGACACUAUGUGGCAGGAUCACAAAGAACAAGAUGGUUUUAAAGGAAUGGGUUUUGUGAUAAAGAAAAUAGUUGUUCACAGUGAACCAACUCGUGUUAGAGGUGGUGAUACUCAUUACAAUAUGAUAAGGGACAAGUGGGAUGUUAGAACUCUACUUGAGGUUUUCAGUAGAGAGUAUAGUCACAAAGACUUUUGUCUAGCGCAUUUAUUUACAGACUUGAAAUUUGAAGGAGGAAUUUUGGGACUGGCAUAUGUCGGCUCACCCAGACGAAAUUCGGUGGGCGGUAUCUGCACUCCGGAAUAUUUCAAGAAUGGAUACACCUUGUACUUAAAUUCUGGUUUGAGCUCGAGUAGAAAUCAUUACGGACAAAGAGUAAUAACUCGCGAAGCAGAUUUAGUGACUGCUCAUGAAUUUGGUCACAACUGGGGUUCAGAGCACGACCCCGAUAUCACUGAAUGCAGCCCAAGUGCGAGCCAGGGAGGUUCGUAUCUGAUGUAUACUUACAGUGUGAGCGGAUACGACGUAAACAACAAGCGCUUCUCACCGUGCAGUUUGCGCGCAAUUCGAAACGUUCUCCAAGCCAAAUCGGGCCGGUGCUUUUCGGAGCCGGAAGAGUCAUUCUGCGGCAAUUUGCGAGUCGAAGGUGACGAGGAGUGCGACGCUGGAUUACUGGGUACCGAAGACAACGAUAACUGCUGUGACAAAAACUGCAAGUUGCGUCGCAGUGCAGGUGCCGUUUGCAGCGAUAAGAAUUCUCCCUGCUGCCAGAGCUGCGCGUUCAUGGGUCCAGGUGUCAAAUGUCGCGAAGCUCAGUACGCAACUUGCGAGCAAGAGUCGCGCUGUACAGGUGCCUCGAGCGAGUGUCCUCGUUCGCCACCUAUGAAAGAUGGUACCAGUUGUUUGGAGCGUGGUCAGUGUCACCAGGGUAAAUGCGUACCCUACUGCGAGACCCAAGGACUCACCAGCUGCAUGUGCGACACGACGAGCGAUGCUUGCAAGAGGUGUUGUCGCAUGGGCUUGAACGACACCUGCUUCCCAAUCGACCCCCAAGAUAUUUUACCGGAUGGCACACCUUGCAUACAAGGCUUCUGUAAUAAGGGCACUUGCGAAAAAACCAUACAGGACGUUGUCGAGCGAUUCUGGGAUAUUAUCGAGGACAUCAAUAUCAACAAAGUCAUGCGCUUCUUGAAGGAUAACAUCGUCGGUGCCGUCAUUAUCAGUACGGCUCUUGUCUGGAUUCCGACCAGCUGCGUCAUCAGCUACAUCGAUAAGAGACGCGUCAAGGACAGCGAAAACAAGUAUCGCUGGAAGAACACGGAUCAACUUAUUCAUCCGGACGAGCAGAGGCGCGUCAUCUACAUCGGUGCACCCCGACAACGAGUACAACUCGUCGCGGCACAACAAUCUUGAACAUAAACGGCAACGCUUUACGUACUUAAUGCACUAACUAGUCAUAACCGAUAAGUUACCAAUAAAAGCCAAGAAUUUUUUUAUUAUAA